AUGGCGUAUAGGGGCCAUGUGAUGGCUGUUAAGCAAAUGGCUCGCACGGGUAACACGGGCGCCACCCGCCGAAUUCUGAUGGAUCUCGACGUGGUGAUGCGAUGCCAGAGUCCGGAUAUUGUGAUUUGCUACGGGUUCUUCAUUACGGAUACGACAGUCUACCUGUGCAUGGAAUUGAUGAGCUGCUGCCUGGACCGGUUCCUCUCCCGGAUAAACCACCAGCCCGUGCCCGAGCAGUACAUCGCCAAAAUGGCCAUCUCCAUCCUGUCCGCCCUCAACUAUUUGAAGGAGGAGAAAUCGGUUAUUCACCGCGACGUGAAGCCGUCCAAUAUUCUGCUCGAUUGGGAUGGAAAUGUGAAGCUAUGCGAUUUUGGGAUUGCCGGGCAGUUGAUCGAGUCGAAGGUGUUCACGCGGAAUGCGGGAUGUCCACCGUAUAUGGCGCCGGAACGGUUUAAGCCUGUGGAACAAGGGGGGCCCGCACCGUAUGAUGUACGUUCGGAUGUCUGGUCGAUGGGUAUCACGCUGGUUGAGCUGGCGCGUGGAACAUAUCCCUACCAGGGCCAACACGAAUUCGAGAUCCUCUCUGCCCUCAUCAACAACCCGGCCCCAGUGUUGACGCUGGAAGAGGGCUUCUCCCCCGAUUUUGUCAACUUUGUCGAGUUGUGUCUCAACAAGGACGUCCAGCAAAGGCCGAAAUACGAUGUGUUAUUGCAACACCCCUGGAUCGUCAAAAAUCGCGACGUGCAGGUGAACCUGGCCGAAUGGUUCCAGGACUUGAUGGAGGACCAUGAAGAG